CCAGCUUUGAUGAAGAGCCUCCUUCAUGAGUGUCCAUUACGCAGCCCAUAUGGACGGAACUACUGAUAUUUCUGGAUUACGGGCACUCUAAUAUUUCCCAUUCACGCACUGCUGAGCACGUGCUCACGCUAGCCGCACGGGAGUUGACUUCCGAAUCAACCCAACCCUACGAAUUCACUCAAUCCUCACCCCGUCUACUGUACAAUGAGCUCUUCCGUUUGAACCUCGCCAUGGCCCAAACUGGAGCUGUUCGAUGAUCCAGGCCUAUCAUUCCGUUGCAACAAUGACUAGGGGCGUCCCUUCUCCAUCGCUUCAUACUGUAUCGCGGCUCCUUUCACUUGCACAAUGAGGACCUUCCAAGUGGGCGUGCGGCGCGCCUCCUUCACACUCACUUCGAGUACGGGCGGCGAGGUAUUCAGCUUGAGCUCUUCAUGUCUUCCUUUCUCCACCCACUUUCGUUUGUGCUCGACCACCCGUUCGCUAGCAAUCGUAUCCGCAUUCAUCAUUGGCUUUACCUUAACAGUCAUCAUGAAGUGGGAACACAUCGUUUGGCUCGCAGCGUCGACAGUGGGUGCCUCUCCGCUAUUGCAAUUUGGGCAAGGCGGCACAUUCGACUACCCUGGACUCCGCUUCGCCGCUGACAAGAAGUUCUCUAUCACCGUCUUCAGUGACUUACAUCUCGGCGAGCCCGCAUGGACCGGUGUCGGAAAAGGCCCUGAUGCCGACUGGAAGACCAUCGGCGUAAUGAACUCCGUCCUGAACAGCGAGCAUUCGAACAUGGUAGUUCUCAACGGUGACCUUACAUCCUGCGAAUUUGUUGCGCCGGAAAACGUCACCGCCAUCAUCGAUCAAGUCACCGCGCCUCUCGUCGAACGCAACAUGCCCUUCGCCGCCACCUUUGGCAACCACGACAUGUCCAAGACCUGCAGUACCCGCAUCAUGUCCGAGCACAUGUGGCACAACAUCAAGGGCAAGGAUGGCAAGAAGCUGUCUUUUACGACCUCCUCAGUGUCCGGUCCGUAUGAAAAGAUCGGGACAAGCAACUACUACAUUCCGAUCUACAGCUCGAGUGGAGGUGGCAAUCCCCACCUGUCGAUGCUGCUCUGGUUUUUCGACAGCAAGGGUGGGCGCGACUUUCAAAAGGCCGAUUCCGACGGCAACGAUGUGCCAGUUGAGGGCUGGGUUGAUGAUAAGGUCACAAGCUGGUUCACUCUCACGCGCGACGCCGUCAAUCAGCAGCAAGGUCGCGUCAUCCCGAGUCUCGCGUUCGUGCACAUUCCACCCCACGCCACCCGCGCGUACCAGGACAGCAAGCCAGAUGGAACAACUAGACCAGGUCUCAACGAAGAGCUGAUCGGUCAUCAAGGUGACGUUUGCGACAGCAACAACAACUGCAGUUACUCCGGCGCCGACACGUACUUUAUGAAAGCGCUUGUCGAGACUGAAGGCCUCCUGGGUGUCUUUUCUGGGCACGAUCAUGGCGUAGAUUGGUGCAUGAAGUGGGCCAAGGAGCUUCCCAACAAUUCUCCGGCGAAUGGAAACGGCUUGAACCUCUGCUUCAAUCGGCACUCGGGCUAUGGCGGCUACUCCGACUGGGCUCGUGGAGGUAGACAGAUCGUUGUCGAGGAGGCCAAACUUGACGAGAUCGAGACGUGGAUUCGCCUGGAGGACGGCAGUAUCUCCGGUCAUGUGACGCUCAACUCUACCUAUGGUCAGGAUCGCUACCCUACUGUUGCAGCCCUCAAGAGCACAGGCUUGUAGGAAAAGUCAGCCAAAGCAUCCGUGAAGGCCUCCAGACUGCUGAACAUGAUCAGGACUGGGCGUAGAAAGCUCGCAAACUUGGUUGUGGGACAAAGAGAUUGAGUCUGUCGCAUUUGGGGAGGGUGGAGUGUUUGAUAUAACCAUAUACCGACUACCUCCAGGAGUCCGGAUAAUGAUGGUCAUUACAAAAGCAAAUUUAGCAAUCGAACCGGCAAUUAUCUUCGAUCGGUGAUGUGCAUAGUGUGAUGGGUUCACGCUCCCGCGGAACCAGGGGCAUGUUCACACGCAUGUCACUCACCAACCCAGAUGUUGGAGCAACAGCCUACAUGCAAAAGAUCAGUUGCUGCGAUGACCAGACUGAUAAUUACACUUGCUACCUUCAGCAGUAGGGACUACGGAGUGCGUCACGCGUGAAAUAUAUAGGGACCUAAAAGAUGACUCUUCAUCAUCGUAACUCUAAGCUCAAGGAUAGAAGAUGUUGGCAAAAUAAG